AUGGGGAAAUAUGUCAUUAGUGUAUUUGUUGAAGAGCACAGUCAUCCAUUAUCAAGCCUUAAAAAAGUCCAUUUAUUGAGGUCACAUCGUAAUGUGUCUGAAGCUAAAAAAUCACUAACACAGCAGUUUUCAGCAGCAAACGUGCCAACUCACCAACAAAUAAGUAUUCUUGAAUUUGAAGUUAGGGGUAUAGAAAAUAUUGGGUGUACGAAGAAGGAUAUUUAUAACAAUGAAGCUAAGUUGCAUAAUGAAAUGCAGGGCCAAGAUGCAGAACUAUUGAAGGAAUAUUUCCUAACAGAGCAAGAAAGGGAUCCAUCAUUUAUGUUUAAAAUAGAUGCAGAUGAUGAAUGUAAAUUGAUGCGUUGUUUUUGGUCUGAUUCGGUUUGUAAGAGAGCUUAUGGAUGUUUUGGUGAUGUAGUGGUAUUUGAUACAACUUACAACACUAAUCAGUAUGGUAUGAUAUUUGCACCUUUGGUUGGGGUUAACAAUCAUUGUCAAACAGUGAUAUUUGCAUGUGCAUUCUUAAGUGAUGAAAGAACUGAAUGUUUUUUUUGGUUAUUUGAGCUAUUAAAGAAGAGCAUGCCUGCAAACACCCCAAAGAUGAUUAUCACCGAUCAAGAUCCUGCAAUGAUAAAGGCUGUAGCUCAGAGCUUACCGAAUACAUUCCAUAGGUAUUAUAGUUGGUACAUACUUGAGAAUUUUUCUAUAUAUUUAAAUGCAAUCACUUACAGGGAUUUUUACAAGGAUUUCAAACACUGCAUUUGGGAAUCAAAACGUUCGAAAGAUUUUGAAAGAAAAUGGAGUUCUAUCAUCGAAAAGGCGAACCUACAUGACAAUGAAUGGUUAAAGUCAAUAUUUAAACUACGUUCGAGAUGGGUGCCAGCAUAUGUUAAUCAUGUAUUCUCAGCUGGAAUGUCAAGUAACCAAUAUGCAGAAAGCUCUCAUGCAUUUUUCAAGAGGUACAUUUUGAAGAAAAAUUUAUUGAUGGAUUUUAUACUUCGAUUUAAUAGGGCACUUGCACAUCAACGUCACGAAGACUUAAGUGCUGAUCAUGUUGAUAUUAAUGAGAAGCCUGUUUUGAAACUGCCAUUGGAAAUGGAGAAGCAAAUGGCUGAGAUAUACACACGCAAGAUUUUUUAUGAGUUUCAAGAUGAGUUGUGA